CUAGUUUUCUCCCCUUAUUUCGGUCUUUCUCAGUUUCUGCAAAUCACCCAAGCUCAUAAUCCAGCAGGCAGACGGGGAACGGGGAAGGAUCAGGCCCAGCUACGUCACCUGAUGUGCGCUAUUUAAUUGGAGUUAGGUGCACUUCAUGGGCAAUCAGAGGGAGCGGAUCAGAGACCGGGGGAAAGUCGGAAAACAUCCACCAUGGCUCCGUUUGAGAAAGCCCAGCACCCCAAGCCUUUCAAACAGAGGAAGAGCUUUGCAACGCGGAAGCAUGAGGUGGCAGGAAUCAGGACUAAAUUUCCAACCAAAGUGCCGGUGAUUAUAGAACGAUAUCAGCGUGAGAAAUACCUUCCACUGUUGGAUAAAACCAAGUUUCUUGUUCCCCAAGAACUCACCAUGACACAAUUUGUCACCAUCAUCAGAAACCGGAUGACUCUCAUGCCAAGCCAGGCUUUCUACCUGCUCAUCAACAACGCAGGCAUCGCCAGCAUGUCCCUUACUAUGGCACAGGUGUACAAGGACCACAAGGAUGAGGAUGGCUUUCUCUAUAUGACCUAUGCCUCUCAAGAAAUGUUUGGACACUGGGAACGUGUGCACCAGCUCUCACGAUGAUAAUCAGGAAUGUUGCAUGGGGAUGUUUAAAAACUGUAGGUGAAGCACUAAAUGUUUGUACAUAAUCUUGAUUGUAUAGUUUUAAAAACUCUGCGUUUUGCGUGUAUGCACGCGUCAUGGGAAUGUUGUGUUUUAAUGAACAAGGUAAUAAAUUGUCUCAUUCUUGUGUCAGUUGCUAGAGUGCAGCUUUGUGUCAAACCUGGGCUUGUAUUUUAAAUUCCUCCCCCUCCCUUUUUGUGGUACAGGAACAUCUGAAAUGUCUCCAUAUCCUUCUACCAUAGUAAAUAAGAUAAUAUUACUUCUGAUGGGUAGCUUGAGUCUGUCAGGCAAGUAAUAUCCACUCAGGUUCAGGGCAACAGCCAGACCUGGGGUUUACAAAUCACACGAGUUACAAGCCUUACAAGUACUUGAUUAACAAAAAAAAUAAAUAAAUAAAAACCCAAAGCAGUUAAGUACUGUUAAAAUCCUGUAUUAAAGGAGACAAAAACUGAAAUUUAUUACUCUGUUUACAUUAUAAACAUAAUUGCUGUUGAAUAAAGUCCCUAUUUGGGCCAUUUAAACUUCCAUAAAGUAAUUUUAUCUAAUUAAAUUUAGAUGCAGGUAGGUUGAAAAACAAUGUAGACUGACAAAUAAGUCUUUGCCCAAAAGGGGUUUAACAUAGUUACA